UUCCGCUUUGACCGUGGAGAUAGUUUGGAGAGAGCUUUGGCUUGUGUCGAUACGACGCAGUUUGUCUCUAACCUGACCUGGUGGAAGCUGCUCGGUGGUGGUUGUUGUUGUUGUUGUUGUUGUUUUUGGAUGAAACUAUGAGUGUUUUCGGGUCGCAGCGCGCGCUGCACUCUCUCGGCCGGCGCAGUGGCUCGCGCAGCGACGUCGCUCUCACGAACUACCAGCCGAGCGGUAAUGGAUUCGGGCAGGAGUAUGCAGAGGACUACAACUACACCUUCUCCAAAGGCUCCAUGGGGGGAGGACAGGGCCCUCCCCUUCAUGUUAUCAUCCAUCAGAGAGCUUCCAUUCUCCAGAGCCAAUGCCAAGAGUUCCUUCAUAAAGCAGAGUUUAUUUUACAAACGGACGCAGAUAGAGUGCGGGCUGCAGCAGAAGCAGAGCACUGUAUGAUGUCUGCCAGGGACGUUAUUGAGCAGCUCAAAGGUCUUGCUGUGGAUCUUAGGAACAUGGGCCAGCCCAACGAGAGUGUGCUAAUGAUUGUGGAAGAGUGCACAGAGCAGCUAAGAGCAGUACACAUGGCUCUGGGUGGCUCUCUGCAGAGGAAGAGUCGAGGCAGCAGAGGCAGCAUGGGCUGGGAUGAGGCGGACAGAAACUUCCAAGAUGCCAUUGCCUGGAUUAGUCAACAGAAGCGUCUGAUAGAGACAUCACCAUGGGGAGACGAACCCGCCGUCAUCGAUCAGCACAUAAUGAAUCACAACAAAUUUCACAACUCUAUCCAGAGAAGUGUGGAAGUGGAAAGAGCUCAAGAAGAACUAAGAGAGAGAAGAGACAAGGCCAGCCUGCGUUUGCUGGAGCAGGAAUGGGACAGCCUACAGAAACUGUCGUUUGAACGUGGUGCUCAGUUACAUGAGCUUCAGAGCAUCAUCAGUGAGAUCACUCGAGAGAUCAUGUGGGUAAAUGAUAGAGAAGAGGAGGAACUGAUGUUUGACUGGGGCAACAAAAACAUUGAUGUCUACAUCCCCAAGAAGCAAGAGAGCUACUCAAGGUUGAUGAGUGAUUUGGAGGAGAAAGAGAAAUAUUUGAAUAAACUGAAAGUAAAAGUGGACAACCUACUGGCAAGCAACCACCCUGCAUCAGACAAAAUCGAGGCUUACAUGGAAACUCUUCAGACCCAGUGGAGCUGGCUCCUCCAAAUCACCAAAUGCAUUCAUGUACAUCUAAAAGAGAAUGCAGCUUACAGUCAGUUCUUCAUAGAAGCAAAUCAAACAUACAUCAAACUACAGCAACACCAUGAGGUCAUCCGAAAGAAAUUCAUCUGUGACAAAACGACGCCCCUGACGAAUUUACAAGAACUGCUUAAAAGCCUAGAGAAAGAGCAGGAGCAUCUGAUGGCGCACAAGCAACAGGUGCAGCAACUGGUCAAUAAAUCCAAGAGCAUCGUGAGACUAAAACCAAGAAACCCAGAAGAGAAGAGUAACAACCCUGUUAAAGUACAGGCAUUGUGUGACUUCAGACAAGAUCAGAAGGUGAUCUGUAAGGGUGAUAUGGGCAUUCUAAAGGAUAACACCGAGCGCAGUAAAUGGCUUGUAACUGGACCUGGAGGCCUGGAUAUGGAGGUGCCUUCUGUCUGCCUGCUAGUUCCGCCACCCAACCCGCUGUCCAUCAGCCUCGCCAGCAAGAAUGAGCAGUACUACGAGGCCCUUCAGUCAGUGUGGAACCAGCUCUUCAUCAAUAUAAAGAGUCUCAUCUCCUGGCAGUACUGCCUGCACGACAUCAGCCGCAUCAACUCCCUCACAAUCACCAUGCUGUCUCAAAUGCGUCCAGAGGAGUACCGCAGCAUCAUAAAGAGCUUGGAGUCUCACUAUCAGGAGUACCAGAGAAACUGCUUGGGUUCUGAGAUGUUUGGUGACGAGGACAAGAGAGCCCUUGAGAGCCAGUACAGUGGAGCCCAGAAACACUAUGAUCAGCUGAUCAUACAGCUCCCAGCUUAUCUCGGCCAACAGGAGGUGGUUGUGGAUUCGGCAGUUCUCCAGGGUGCUAAGGUUUCAUCUGGUGUAAACGUGCUCAGUGAAUUGCAUGCCCUGCAGCUGAAGCUGGAAACCAUGGAGUCUGCAUUCAGUACACACCAGCACAUCCCAGUGGGACAGGGAGCACCAACACAAUGCACCAGUCUUAUUACUAGCACACAGGCAGUGGCGAAGGAUGUGGGGUUACUGAGAGGAGAGUUCCAGAGGCUAAACGAACAAGUGCUCACAGAACUAGAGGGUAUGAAAGACACGGAUAAAGCUCAAUUUCUCCGCAUCCAACUCAACCUCAUCAGCCAGAGACUGGACAGGCUGGGGUCUCACUCUGCCGCUUAUCUGCUAAGGUUGAAGGCUCUGAAGUCUCUGCUGAAGGCCAUGCUGCAGGCAGAGGAUGUGGUGAAGGUUUAUGAAGCUCGACUCACUGAGAGAGAGACGACGUCAUUGGACCCAGCCGAAGUCCAAGAGUACCAGAGUGCUCUUAGGGUUAUGCGGUCUGAGCUAGAUCAGAAAGAGGGUGCGUUGCGUUCACUGGAGGAAGAGUUAAUUAAGGCUCGUCAGUGCAAUGAGCAAAUUGAUCAGAAUUGUCACAGGUGUGAUGUUGACCUAUGCCUGUACAGUGAGCAUGUAAAGCAACUAUCUGACCGUUGGAAGCGCAUUCAGACGCAGAUUAACAGCAGGUAUGGGGAUCUGGACACAUACCUACAGCAGCUAAAGCAUUAUCUGAACUCAAGCUCUGCUCUCAGUGCCUGGAUUAAUGACACUAAAAGCCGUAUAGAGGCUCAGAUAACUGCUAGGACAGAUGACAUCACAUUCCUCAAAAAAGUCCUUAACCAGCAGAAGGCACUGAAUUCUGAGAUAACAGGAAAGAGGGAGACUGUGGAGGUUGUACAGAGAGACGGUGACAUGUGUGUUAAUACCAUCAAGGACUACGAGCUUGGCUUGGCAUCUUACAGUGCUGGGCUAGAAACUCUACUCAACAUUCCUAUAAAGAAAACCAUGCUGCAGUCUCCAGCUACAGUUGUGAUACAGGAGGUUUCCUCUUUGCAUAGCCGCUAUUUAGAGCUACUUACACGUUCAAGUGAUUAUUGCAAAUCUCUUGGAGACUCACUGAAGAACUUAGAAGAACUCAAGAUGCGGAACACCAAGAUAGAUUUGCUUGAAGAGGAGCUAAGGCUUCUGAAAGCAGACAUAGAGGACCGUGAUGCUAAGAAUGUGUCACUGCGAGAGGCACUCUCACAGUACCAGCUUAAGCUGAAUGAAUCUCAGGAGCACCUUCUUUCCUUGGAGGAGGUGAAGAGAAGCCAUGCUCUACAGUGCAGCACAGCACAGGCAAACCUUAGCUCCUCACAGAACCGUCUACAUGAGCUUAUGGAGGAGCUGCAGCGUCUCAAACUACUUGUGGAAGAGGAGAAGAGAAACAGAAAAAUUGUGGAGGAAAGGUAUAGCAGUCAACAGGAAGAACAUGAGGAGGCCAUGCGGAAAAGACUAAAGGAGUUGGAGGGGGCCACCUGGGCCAAAAUCGAAUUGGAGAAGACCGUGUCGGAUCGGACACGGGAAAUUGAGUGUAUGCGGAGGCAGUUGGAGGAGGAGACACAGAACCUGAAACAGACACAGAUGGAGCUGGCUAAGGUAAGGCAGCAGCACAGCACUGAAAUGAGGGAGGUCAAACAGACCUAUGAGUCCCAGAUCCUGGUAACACAAACAAACGUACAGAAGCUCUCACAGCAGCGGAAGGAUGACUCCUUGUCCAUUCAGAUGGAACGUGACCGGGUGGAGGGGGAGCGCAAGAAAUUGCAGGAGGAGUUGAGGAGGCUGCAGCUCGCCCUCAGUGAGGAACAGGCUCAAAGAAGACAUGCAGAGGCAAUGCUGCAGCAACAGAUCACAGCAGGCACAGAGGAAGCCAGAAAAAAGAGUGAAUUGGAGGCUCAGAUACAGCUGGUUCUUAGUCAGCAGAGUGCAGAAGAGAGAAGAUGGAAGGAAGAACAAGCACACUCUGCAAAGUCUCUGCAGGAGAAGACCAAUCAGAUCUCUAGCCUCACACAAUCACUUGAUGAUGAGUUGCACAAGAGGAGAGCACUGGAGGCAGAGAAUGGCCAUCUGCAGAAGGAGCUAGCAGACCUCCAUGCUAAACAUACAACUUGUAGUCAGGAACUAAUCAAACUUCGUUCUUCACACCAAGAGCUAAGCAUCCUCCGUAUGGAAGUGGAAACCCAGGGCAAUGAGCGAAACCGGGCAGAAAAGAAUAUUGUACACCUUCAGGCAAGGGGUCAAGAGCUCCAGGAAGAGCUAAAACAACUGGAUGGGCAGCUGAAUCAGCAAAUAAAAGUAGCCCAAGAGGAGGCUGCCAAGCGCAGGAAGACAGAAGCUCAGCUCGAGAAGACAAACCAGGCUAUGCGUGAGUACAUCUCCACUAUCACCACUUUACAAAAGAGUCAGGAGGAGGCUAGCACAGAGGCCAAAAAAUCAGAAGAAGAGCGCAAAAAGCUACAGGAGGCUCUUGACCGAAACCUGAAGGAGUACGGUACCUCUGCUCAGCGUCUAGCUACACUGGAAGCUGAAAUGAAAGCUUUACGGCUUCAGCUGGUGCAGGAACAAGGUCGAGUUUGUGAGGCCAAUCAGCGCUUUCAAGCCUUGCAACGAACCUUGGAAGAGAAAACCAAAGCACUGAACGAGACCAUUUCUGAUACAGAGCGCAUGAAGAAGCUCACAGAGGCACUUACCAAAGAGCGCCUCGGCCUGGAGGAGGAGUUACGAGCUGUGCGGCUAGAGCAUGACAAGCUGCUGCAAGGCAGGCAACAUGAGGAUGACGAGAUGAGCACCCAGAUUACAGCACUGCAGCAACAGCUCCAAAACAGCCAACGCAUCCGCAUAGAGCAUGACAUAAUUAUCCAACAGCUUUCACAGGAGAGAGAGAAGCUUCAAUCGGAGAUACAGAAUGUACAAAAACAAGCCAGUGAGACAUCAAGCUUGAUCCAGUCUUCCCAGUCUCAGUGCACUGAAUUACAACAAGAACGAGAUGCCCUCAUCAAGAAGAUAAAAACCCUAGAAGAAAAUAUGACCCAUAUGCAGAAAACUGAAGAAGAUCUUAAAAAAAACAGACUGUCACUAGAGACAGAAUUGCGCCUUAAAAAGCAGCUGCAGGAAGAGAAUGAGAGACUCAGGAAUGAGGUUGGCAUCUGGAAAAAGCAACGUCAAAGCCAAGAUGAGCAUGUGCAGCAGCACAUCACAGUGCGCAUGGCACUAGAAGGAGAAUGUACCUCGUUGAGAACACGUAUGGAGCAGCUGCAGGCCCAACUGAAAGAAGUUGAAGAGCGCUACAAGCUCCAACUACAGGGAUUGGAGCAGGAGCGCAGUGACCUAGUUACACUCAGAGAUUCCUUGCAAGAAGAGGUUCUGAGAUUAAAAGAGAAAGCAAAUGUAAUAAACAGAUACACUCAGACAGAUUAUCCUGGCACAACUGUUGAUCCCUCCACUCUGGUCUUUGAUGGUGUCCGCAAAAAAGUCACAGCCCAACAGCUACAUGACUGUGGUGUUAUUGACAAAAAAACACUGGACCACUUGCUAAAGGGCCAUCAAACUGUCCAGGAUGUGGCUGUUAAUAUCAAGCUGAAUCUCAAGGGCACAGGAGCCAUUGCAGGACUGUCUGGACCCAGUGGAAAGUUGACAGUCACAGAGGCCAAGAAAGAUAAGCUGAUCUCAACAGAUAGCGCAGUGAAACUGUUAGAGGCUCAAGCAGCAACAGGACAUAUAAUUGAUCCCAGAGCGAAUUUAAAGUUGACAGUGGAAGAGGCUUGUCUUAAUGGACUUGUGGAUGAAGGGGAUAAAAAGCAACUGCUGAUUGCAGAGGCUGCCUGCAUUGGGUUUAGAGAUUCAAACACAACCAAACUUCUGUCAGCCAGCCAAGCCAUGAGAAAAGGAAUGAUAGAUCAAGAUACAGCCCUGCGUCUGCUGCAGGCACAGGAGGCUGCAGGAGGGAUUCUUGACCCUGUCCUUAGUGUAUACCUCCCCAAGGAUAUUGCCAGGGACCGUAAUCUAAUUGAUGAGAAACUUUAUCAAGCCCUGAAUGAGAAACCAAACUGCUAUAUAGACCCUGGCACAAAUCUGAGUGCUAGCUAUGUCAGCCUUAAGAGGCAAUGUAAAGCUGACCCAACCACAGGCUUGCUCAUGCUACCAGCCCCCCCAGGACCAAUGACUGUACAGGGUUUACGGGAAAAGGUCUCUCUGUCACAUUUGGUAGAGGCCAACCUGUUAGAACCUUCAGACAUUGAUCAGCUAAGAGAAGGCAAACUGACAAGCCAAGACAUUGAGCACAAACUUAGAGCCUAUCUGCAAGGGUCCACCUGCAUUGCUGGAGUCUAUGAUGAGGCCGACACACGCAUUCUGCCUAUCUACCAGGCAAUGAAAGAAGGACUCCUACGGCCUGGCACCACACUGGAGCUUCUGGAGGCUCAGGCUGCUUCAGGCUUCAUAAUUGACCCUAUCAACAACCAGUACUACACAGUGGAGGAGGCUUGUAAGAAAGGUCUGGUUGGUGUGGAGUUCAAAGACAAGCUCCUUUCGGCUGAGAGAGCUGUCACUGGAUAUAAAGAUCCUGGUAGUGAAAAGAUCAUCUCCCUUUUCCAGGCAAUUGAGAGAGGCCUGAUUGAAAAAGGCCAUGGUAUUCGCCUACUAGAGGCUCAGAUAGCCAGUGGCGGCAUCAUUGAUCCCAAGCAAAGUCACAGAAUUGAUGUGGAUGUUGCCUAUAAGAGAGGAUACUUUGGUGAAGAGAUGAGUCAGAUUCUAAAAAAUGAGGGAGAUGACACAAAGGGAUUUUUUGACCCUAACACUCACGACAAUCUCACCUAUCUACAGUUGAAGAGUCGUUGCAUCACAGAUGAUAAAACUGGCCUUGUGCUUCUGCCACUUCAUGAUAAGAGCAAGAUAUCAACACAAAAGAACACAACAAGGAAGACAAGGGUUGUAAUUGUAGAUCCAGACACCAAUAAGGAAAUGACUGUACAUGAAGCCUAUCAAAGGGGGUUGAUUGAUUAUGAAACUUACAUGGAGCUUUCCAAGCAGGAAAGUGAGUGGGAGGAGAUAACUGUCACUGCCUCAGAUGGUACCAGUAAACUGGUCAUCAGUGAUAGAAAGACAGGCCUUCAGUAUGACUUGAAAGAACUGCUUGAUAAGGGUGUAAUCAGUGAGGACAACCUGCAUGAGUAUCGCUCUGGGAAUAUUACUCUUACACAGUUUGUUGACAUCAUCACCACAAAAACCAUAGACAUGAACAAGCCCCUCAGCUCUUCCUCAUCCUCAUUCUCAGUGUCAUCCCAGACAGUCAAAACAGAAAUCAUGACCUCUGUUGGAAGUGCUCCCUUGCAGCAAACUCCCUCCUCACCAAACACCUUGAAGCGCAUUGCCAGUAUGUCAAUUACUCUGACAUCAUCUGGAGAGUUUACAGACGAGCAGAGUCCGGUUGGGGCCAUUUUUGACACAGAGAAGUCUGAAAAGGUCAGUAUAUAUACAGCAAUGAAGCAUGGCCUUGUAGACUCUAUCACGGCACAACGACUGCUAGAGGCGCAAGCCUGCACUGGUGGUAUUGUAAACCCAGAAAAUGGGCGCCGCAUCUCCAUUCAAGAAGCUACUCGCAAUGGAAUAAUUGACAACGACAUGGCUAAUCGGCUGAAACCUGCACAGAAGGCGUACAUUGGCUUUGAGGAUGUAAAAACCAAGAAGAAGUUGUCGGCUGCUGAGGCGGUGAAAGAAAAAUGGUUACCGUUUGAGGCUGGACAGCGUUUCCUUGAGUUCCAGUUUUUAACAGGAGGCCUCUUUGAUCCAGAGCACGGUCGUAGACGAACACUUGAUGACGCUGUACACUUGGGAUGGUUGGAUGGAAGGGCAUCACAGAAGCUCCUGGACACUCGUCACCACCCAAAGAUGCUGACCUGCCCCAAGACAAAGUUGAGGAUCACAUACAAGGAAGCUAUGGAUGCCUGUAUUUUGGAAAAUAAAACAGGGGUACGCAUGCUUCCUGCAGCCUCUACAUCAUCACAUGGUAUCAGCAGCCCUUACAAUUCAAACCCAAGCUCUGCUCCAGGCUCUCGGACUGGAUCUCGCAGAGGCAGCAUGGAUCAAACUUAUUCCAACUCACCCAGCUCCAGAUACAGCAGUUUCAGCUACAGUAGCACCUCUUUUAGCAGCAGGUCUCUAUCAUAGAAUCUAUCAUAGAUAGUAUAUUUGGAGAGUAAGUCUGAUGAUAUAUAGCCCAAAGGGUAUUAACUUAGAAAAGUAUAAAUAUAUUAAUGGUUAGAUGACCUAUGACCUGAUAGCUAAAUGUUAAAUUCUAAAUGGCAAAUAAUGUUGAAGACACUAAUUUCUUAUUUUUGUUUAAUAUUUCCAAAAGUAUUUUAAAUGUUGAUGUUUUUAUACCGAGUGCCUUCUCUUACAUGAAAAGAUCAGUAUCGUCAGUUACAAAAACUGAGUUUUCUAUUAAUUAAUGUAGUUGCUGAAGGUAGUUACAUAUCAUGUAGGAUUAUAUUACUAUAGAGAUUCGAAAGUGUGGGCUUGGAGAUGAUUGAAAAUCACGAGAAUCUGUAUUUGUAUUUGUUGGAGUGGUGUGGGUAAUUACUUAGUCACAAGUAUGUGAUAAAGUUGCUGUAAUGUCAGCUCAGACAGGGAAUUGAGAAUGUUUAAUAAUGCCAUUUGAGUGAUUCUGUUUAGACUAUUAAUUUUAAAUGCUUUUACUUUCUUCCUUAAAUAAACCUAACAUUUGUUUA